AUGGCGCCUUCGAAUAGGUGGCAAUAUUGUAAUAAGUUGUCGCCAUUUUGCGAACGUGGUUCUAAUUCCACGGUAAUUCUCGUUUUCAACUGGACGCUACCAAACAGAAAAUUAAUGUUUUUUUAUUUGUAUUCUGCAUGGGAAACGAUUAAGAUUGCGUCAAGAAUCCCCUGGCAUAUUAUUAAAUAUUAUAUAGUAUUGGAAUCGGAAUUAAAUUAA